CGUACGUGCACUUCCGGUACGUGACUGUGGGAACAAGUAGCAACAGCGAAAUCACGGCACGACCGACACGUUUGAAACUACCGCUACGCUCAUAAUCUAAAUGCACUGCGUUUAUGCCUCCAGUAUUCCUACCGUAUCAGCGUCGUCUGCAACCGUGGUGACGAUGGUCCGAUGAUCACUCCAUCCAGUCGAUUGGAGAUCAGCUGUGUCCUUCAUUGGUUUAAUCUCUGGAAUCCUACACAGAGAGAGGAGUUUCUGCAAUCCUUAGUGGCGCAAGUUGUGCCCAUCACGCGGCUUUCAGAUCCAUCAGGUGUACUGGCAAACGGUCUGGGCUCCCUGUCCCUCAGCUGCAACGAGUCUCCGUCAGUACUGCGCUGUCAGCUGGGUCUGUUUGAGACCUACUUUCAAACCUGGGACCAUCCUAGCAAGCAAGCUUUCCUGCGGCUCCUGAGCGAACGGGACGAGCGCUUUGUGGAGAGGUUUCACAACCAGUUGCGCUUCUACGGAAUCACUCUUUGAACCAAGCAGAUGCCGAGCAACAAGGGGCCGCCGUGCCGUACCCAUGACCAAAUGGACUACCUAGUCACCUGGUUUCGAGAGUACAGCGAGCUGCAGCGCGACGACUUCCUCAAGGUCCUCGUCGAGAAGUACGCCCCCAACAGCCCCGACGACUACCUCGCGGACACGCUCAACCACAUUGGGGUGUCGGACCGCGCCCCUUCCAUAUUCCAGUGCAGGAUGAAGCUCUUCGACGAGUGGUUCCAGAACUGGAGCGACGAGGAGAAGGCCGGAUUCCUGGACCGGCUGAGGCACGAGGACGCGGACUUUGUGGCGCGCUACGACCGGGUCGCCUCGGCCGAGCCGGGGGAGCCCGUCGUUCCCGCCGCGGACGUCGAGGAUGCGGGGCCUUUAUCGGCGACGGUUGUAAUAGUUAACGGGAAUGUGGGUGAGGAAGAGGAAGAAGUGAGAUACGUGGAAAAUGAUGAGAAGUUAGAAAAGGAAGAGGAAGCGGUCGCGGAAGAGCAGGCGUCAGUUGAGUAGCGUGAGACUGCGAGAUUUCUUGCGUACCGCGACAAAGGGAAUGCUGCGGAAUUUGCAUUUCACGCGUUUCGUUCGAAUGUGCUUGUCUUGUCUUGGCUUGGCUGGUCUGACUUACUGUUCUAAGUUUAAUAUUAUUUCGGGGGGGGGGGGGGGGCAUAGCCCUAUUCUAACAGACGAAGCGUUGUGUCAGUGUGCAGUGCAGCACUACACAAGGUGGAUGGAAAGUAAUGCGUUAUCUGUUAGCACAUGUGCGACACAUUUCUGUGAACAAGUUGACGAGACUAUUUUGCGUUACAUUUUGGUUGAGCGGUGCAGCUGUUUUUGUCGCCGAUUAGCUUAUCUCUGGGCUAGGGUACAGUCAUCAUAUCAUAUAUACCACUGUGGUAAUUACCAUUGUCGUAAUUAUGCUUUGGGAACCGAGAGGUGCAUUCCAUAUUGGUGAAGGAUUUUGUGCAAUUUGCACUGUCAUCACCUGCAUGUAAUAGUAUAUUUUUGUACGAACAUUUCUUCCUUUUUUUUCUUUUUUUUUCACGCACUGGUAUCACAUAGUUUUUUGUCAGAACUUGGGCAGCUUUGUAACCUAUGAUUAGAUUAUACUUCCAUGGGUAAAGUUGAUUUUGCAUCUAGGUAGUUCUUUUUGAGUUUUGUGUAAUUUGAUAUAAAUAUGGUAGAUAAUUUACCUAAUGCAUGAUGACCAAUUUUGUGGUAUAAUGUUCACUUUCAGAUGUCACAGCUUUCAUCGUGUGUAUCACCCAUAACAAUGCAUUGCGUAGGGAUAUUUAUGGUAGGAACGUUUUCUUUCGAUAUAUUUCAGCAUGAAUACCAGUAUGUACCAUUGGUGAGCAGUACGAAACCAAUGGUACAUCACAAGAGAAAGACUCGGAUAGUGCCAAAAAAGGAUGACAUUUUGGUGUCGAAUGUAUGUGAGGGGCGUUUAGUGUUAGAAGUUUUGAUUGUUCUGUUCUGUUCUUGAAUGUGGGAUUCAGGGCAUAGUACAUUCCGGAUCUUCUUUUUUUUAUAUCUAUACUAUUGUUACUGUGGUGCUUGCAUCCAGACUAAAAAUAUUCAGGUGCAGUUUUUCCUUUUGCUCAGGGAAAUUUAUUUAAAUCAUUCCAACUACAGAUAGCCACUGCAUCUUUUUUUUUUUAGGCAGCACUAAUUUUUUGUGGGCAGCUUCUCCGUGUAUUCUAUGACGAACCACCUACCGUGUGACGCAGAACCGACACAAGGUGAGCCACUUGCAGAUUCAUUUUUUUUUGUCUCUCAUUGGCUCGCUCUUGAAAAGCAACCAAAAUGGGGCGUGUGAAAGGGCAAACUGCCUAUGAGUUGUGUGUGGACCAGCAAAAUGCAUAACUGAUGUGUCGUAGAACCGACAGAAUUUUACGGAGACCAUCUCCGCAAGCAGUGUCCAGUGUCCUCACUACUGCUGCGACAUAAUAACCUGCAUUUAAUGAAGGCUUUUCUACAAAUAAAUUUUUCAGAGCAAUA